AUGUCGGCCUUCGAGAAGCCUCAGAUCAUUGCCCACAUCCAGAAGGGCCUCAACUACACGGUAUUCGACUGUAAGUGGAUGCCCUGCAGCGCCAAGUUUGUGACCAUGGGCAACUUCGCCCGGGGCACCGGCGUCAUUCAGCUGUACGAGAUCCAGCACGGGGACCUCAAGCUGCUCCGGGAGAUUGAAAAGGCCAAACCCAUUAAAUGUGGAACAUUUGGUGCAACAUCCUUACAGCAGAGAUAUUUAGCUACUGGAGAUUUUGCUGGAAACCUUCAUAUAUGGAAUUUGGAAGCUCCAGAGUACCCAGUGUAUUCCGUAAAGGCCCAUAAAGAAAUUAUAAAUACUAUAGAUGGUGUAGGUGGACUAGGGAUUGGGGAAGGAGCACCUGAAAUUGUGACUGGCAGCCGAGAUGGAACUGUGAAGGUGUGGGACCCAAGGCAGAAAGAUGAUCCUGUUGCUAAUAUGGAACCUGUACAAGGAGAAAACAAGAGAGACUGUUGGACUGUGGCGUUUGGUAAUGCGUAUAAUCAAGAGGAACGUGUUGUUUGUGCUGGCUAUGACAACGGUGAUAUCAAACUGUUUGAUCUCAGAAAUAUGUCAUUGCGGUGGGAGACAAACAUUAAGAAUGGGGUAUGUAGCCUGGAGUUUGACAGGAAAGAUAUAAGCAUGAAUAAGUUAGUUGCUACGUCUCUGGAAGGAAAGUUUCAUAUUUUUGACAUGAGAACACAGCACCCAACCAAAGGUUUUGCUUCUGUUUCAGAAAAGGCUCAUAAAUCUACCGUGUGGCAGGUCCGACACCUGCCCCAGAACCGAGAGCUGUUCCUGACAGCGGGAGGCGCCGGUGCCCUCCACCUCUGGAAGUACGAAUACCCUGCCCAGCGGUCAAAGAAAGAUUCCGAGGGAGUAGAGAUGGGAGUUGCGGGUUCGGUCAGCCUUUUGCAGAAUGUUACGUUGUCUACCCAGCCCAUCUCCAGUAUGGACUGGAGUCCGGAUAAAAGGGGCCUCUGCAUCUGUAGUUCAUUUGAUCAAAUGGUGAGAGUACUGAUUAUUACAAAACUCAAUAAAGUUUGA